AUGUCUUCUGCAACUGGGUUCAAGGCUCGUGAAAAGGACACAGAAGAGGUCAAGGCUAGACAAGAUAUAAACAUAGAUACCCAUGAAGAGAUCAUAGAUGAAAAGGAAGAUUUGAAGAAGGAGAUUGUUUCCACCGAGAAGAAGGAAUCUAAUACACUGCUUCGUGUGGAAUCUAUAAUUAUGCCACUCGUGUUUACAGGGUUGGCCAUUUUCAUUAGAAUGUACAAGAUCGGCAUUAACGAUCAUGUUGUUUGGGAUGAAGCACAUUUCGGGAAGUUUGGUUCAUAUUAUUUAAGACACGAGUUUUACCAUGAUGUCCAUCCACCAUUGGGGAAAAUGCUUGUCGGACUUUCAGGCUAUUUGGCUGGUUACAACGGAUCUUUUGAUUUUUCAUCUGGUGCUGAGUAUCCUGAUUAUGUUGAUUACGUCAAGAUGAGAAUAUUCAAUGCAGCAUUUUCUGCCAUGUGUGUUCCUGUGGCUUACUUCACAGCUAAGGCAAUUGGGUUCUCUAUCCCAACCGUUUGGUUAUUUACGAUUACUGUUCUCUUUGAAAAUUCAUACACUACAUUAGGCAAGUUUAUUCUUCUGGAUUCCAUGUUAUUAUUCUUUACUGUUCUGUCGUAUAUGUGCUUUGUCAUCUUCCAUAACCAAAGAUCAAAACCAUUUUCGAGAAAGUGGUGGAAAUGGAUGCUCUUGACAGGCCUAUCCAUGGGUUGUGCUAUUUCUGUAAAGAUGGUUGGUCUUUUCAUCAUAACAGUCGUCGGUAUCUACACUAUUAUCGAUCUAUGGAAUUUCUUAGGUGACAAGACCAUGUCAUGGAAAGCUUAUAUUGGACAUUGGUUAGCCAGAAUUAUCUGUUUAAUUAUCGUUCCAUUCUUAGUCUUCUUAGCAUGUUUCAAGAUCCAUUUUGAUUUGUUAACACACUCAGGUACCGGAGAUGCCAACAUGUCAUCUUUAUUCCAAGCUAAUUUGAUUGGUUCUGAUGUAGGUGCAGGUCCUCGUGACGUUGCAGUCGGUUCAUCAAUCAUUUCUAUCAAGAAUCAAGCUUUAGGUGGUGCCUUAUUACAUUCUCAUUAUAAUGCCUACCCAGAGGGAUCCAAUCAGCAACAAGUUACCGCGUACAGUUACAAAGAUGCAAACAAUGAAUGGUUCUUUGACAGACCAAGGGGUGAACCAUUUUACCAUGAAAAUGAAACUGAUAUUGAAUACGUUCUAGGUGAUUCACAAUAUAGAUUAGUCCAUCAUAAGACAGGCAAGAACUUGCAUACACAUCCAGUGAGAGCUCCAAUUUCUAGUACUCAAUGGGAAGUGUCAGGUUAUGGUGAUGCUGAACAAGGUGAUAGCAGAGAUAAUUGGUUAAUUGAAAUCGUUGAUCAAAGAGGUGACGAAGAUAAGACCAAAUUACACCCAUUGACCACAUCAUUCCGUAUUUACAAUCCCGAUAUGGAUUGUUAUUUAUCUCAAACAGGUAAUCAUCUACCUGAAUGGGGGUUCAAACAAUUUGAAGUUGCCUGUGUCCAAAAUCCAUUCAGAAGAGAUAAGAGAACCUGGUGGAACAUUGAAACCAACGAAAAUGAUGUUCUCCCACCAAGACCUGCUGAUUUUAAGUUCCCAAAGACCAAUUUUUUUAAGGAUUUUAUCCAAUUGAAUCUUGCUAUGAUGGCUACUAAUAAUGCUUUGGUUCCAGAUCCAGAAAAGUUUGAUAUAUUGGCAUCAUCAGCUUGGCAAUGGCCAACCCUUUACUGGGGUUUGAGAAUUUGUAGCUGGGGUGAAGAUGUUGUCAAAUAUUUCUUAUUAGGUACACCUGCUUCCACAUGGGGUUCCUCAUUGGCUGUUGUAGGUCUAAUGGUUUAUAUAGUGGUGCUAUUAAUAAGAUGGCAGAGACAGUACUCCGAUCUACAAGAUCCGAAAGAUUUGAAUACUUUCAUGAUGGGUGCAUUUUAUCCAUUACUAGCAUGGGGGUUACAUUACGCUCCAUUUGUUAUCAUGUCAAGAGUCACAUACGUUCAUCAUUAUCUACCAGCUCUAUAUUUUGCUCUAAUCAUCUUGGCAUAUGUCUUUGAUGCGGGUUUGAAAUUCUUGACAAAAACCAAAAGUACUCAAAUUCUCAGGAUUGUUAUCUAUCUAGCUGCUUAUGUCACUGUUAUUGGAUGUUUCUGGUAUUUCUCUCCAAUUUCUUUCGGUAUGGUGGGUCCAAUGGAAAACUAUUCUUACUUGAAUUGGUUUUCCACCUGGAAUAUUGCCAAGGAAUCAAGGUAG